AUGUCAUCAUCAUCAUCUCUCUGCUUCUCGAUUUUCACGACCAAUAAUAGCAUAAACACUAUAUAUGCUCGUUCUUCAUCCUCUCGAUCGAAGUUGUUCGGGGUCUCGCCGUCGUCUUGUCCGAGGAGGAAGAAAGAAGAGCGCCGGCGUCGUUUGGUGAAGAAUUCAUCUCAUCGACAACAACAUCUUCUUUACAAAGAAGAAGACAACACAGAAGAAGAAAAAGGCAAGCCUGUGGACUUUUACGACGAAAUCAUAGCGAGAAAUGAUGCUUUGGUGGAUAUCAUGCUGGAGAAAAUCCGUCGGAGAGAAAGUAACAGCGAUAGUAAUUAUAACGGCGAUAGUCUUCAUCGCGAGGAAUCGGGUAAGAAUGAAGAAACGAAAGUGUAUUUGGUCGGGUGUGGUCCGGGAGACCCCGGGUUACUCACGCUGAAAGCGUACCACUUGAUAGUCACCGCGGAUGUUAUUCUGUAUGAUAGACUGGUUUCUCCGGAGAUUUUAGAGUACGCUGCUAGUGCAAGAACAAAUAAUAAUGAUACGAAGAACAACAACGAAGAAAAAGGUUUGAUGCUUUUUGUCGGUAAGAGGUCCGGUUUUCACACGCGAACGCAAGACGAGAUUCACGACUUGAUACUGGAAUUUGCCAACGCCGGAGCGACGGUUGUGAGAUUGAAAGGCGGAGAUCCGUUAGUGUUCGGUCGAGGUGGCGAAGAAUGCGAGUUCUUGCGCGAGAAAGGAUUCGACGUUAAAGUUAUUCCAGGGAUUACGGCGGCGAGUGGAGUAGGAUCGAGAGCCGGAGUACCGCUGACGCACAGAGGCGUGGCGACUUCGGCGAGACUGUUAACUGGCCAUCUCAUGAAGAAAGAGAAGAAGAAAAUGGACCCAGGAAAGAAUUUAGCGCUAUCAUCCUCGUCUAAAUCAUCGUUUAAAUCAAAAGUAGAAGCAGAAGCGUUAGGAGACGAAGAUGACGAAGAAGACGGUGCUGUUGAUUUUGCCGUCACGGCGGCGGAUUCGGACACGACGCUUAUCAUUUAUAUGGGCUUAGGUACGUUACCGAAAACGAAGAAGAAGUUAUUACAAGAUGGCGCGCUAGACAAACGAACACCGUGUCUAGCCGUCGAAAAUGGAACGACUUUGAAAGAACGCCGCGUGUUCUCUACGUUGGAGUUUAUUGAUGUAGCUGUCGUUGAUGCGCAGUUACAGUCGCCGACGUUGUUGUUCAUCGGCGACGCCGUUCGAUUAUCUCCAUACUUUCCAGAAGCGUUGUCGAAGGAAAGUUUCUCAUCCUCGUCAUCUUCGAUGAUGAGGUGGGAACUGCAGGUUGGUCAAGACGAAGAUGAAGAUCGCAUGUGUCACACUCCUGAACUCGGCGGUCAGUGUCGAAUCAUGUCUGACAUCAAUGACCGCGCCUCGAGAGAGUGGUUUUCAAAAAACUUCAUAAGCGACAACCUGUUUGCUUCGUCCUCGGUCGGAAACAGAUACACGCGCGUGUAA